AUGAAAGAUCUCCGGGUUAUUGUUGUUGGCGCGGGUAUCGGCGGCCUUUCUUUGGCAUUGGCUCUCGCAACCGACGGCCACGAAGUCACUGUGCUAGAAGCAGCCAAGGAAUUCCUCGAGGUUGGCGCUGGCAUUCGCGUUCCUCCCAACUCAUCUCGCCUGAGUCAGAGCUGGGGCGUUGACUUUGACAAAAUCAAAAAGGAGAAGGCUGGCGGAAUUCGCUUCUUGGACUGGACCGGCAAGGUGAUCAAGGAUGUUUCAUACGAUGACGUCCAGGCCAAGUAUGGAGCACCAUACUAUUUCAUCCAUCGAGCGGACCUGAUCAAUCUCCUGGUCGACACGGCCUCUCAGCGAAAGAAUAUUACCUUGAAGAUGGAUAGCCGAGUCCAAGACUAUGACUUUGACGCCCCUGCAGUGACCCUGGCCUCGGGCGAAAGGUUAACCGCAGACCUGGUCAUCUGUGCCGAUGGUAUCAAGUCUGCGGUCAGGAAUAUUAUUAACGGAACGCCUGUCGACCCCCAAGACACGGGCGAUGUCGCGUACAGAGUCUUGGUGCCUGCCGAACCACUUCGAAAUGACCCAGAAACGCGUCAUUUGUUCGACAACGCGUGGGCAAUGCAUUGGCUGGGCCCCGAGGCACAUGCUGUCGGCUAUCCAUUACGGGGCGGAGAGCUUUACAACAUCAUCAUCGACAUCACCCACGCAACGGACGUGGGAAAACCUAUCGGCGACGAAGAAUGGCGGUCCCAGGCCGACAAUAACGAGUUGGUGAAACGCUUCGCGGACUGGUGUGCACCCAUGCGCAAGCUCUGCGGACUCACAGGGUCAUAUCUCAAAUGGAAACUGGCCGACUUUGAUCACCUCCAAAGAUGGGUCCAUCCAAGCGGCAAAGUCGCCAUUCUCGGCGACGCCUGCCACCCGAUGAUGCCUUACAUGGCACAAGGGGCAGCGCAAGCGACGGAAGAUGCUGCCACCUUGCAAGCGGCUCUUCGCGAGUACGACGACCUCCACGAAGCGCUGAAAGCUUACGAAAGGCAAAGGUUGCCGCGGGCCACGCACGUGGCGAAAAACACGCGGAUCCUACAAUCCUGGUGGCACCUCUACGACGGGCCUGAAAAGGACAGGCGAGACGAGCUGAUGCAGCACGACAAUUUCGACAAUCCCAUGUUCUGGGCCAACUCCAAGAGGAAGGACUGGCUGUUUGGGCAUGACGCGUCGAAGCUGCAAACGGAAGACGAGCUGAAGCCACCGCCGUUGGCCUCGACGCCUACCAGAAGCGCAAAUGUGUACAUUGGCGAGAUUAAAGACACGGAGCUCCGAAGGAAAUUUAGAUCCAUGCGGGAGGGCAAUUAG